CAAAUAUCACCACGAUUAGAAAGCUGAACUUUCCGACCAUCAUCUUCUACAAUCAGAACUUGGAGGUCACGCACUGGGGCUCUCCAAUGGCCCAACGCUUGUACUGGACUGCGUGGAGACCUCAGGGAGAAUAUAAAGUCGAACUAUUGAAACUGCGGUCGAUGCAAUGCACAAAUACCCCAACAAGCGAUCGUUCGGAGAUCUCAUCGCCACCCCCCGGGAAAUCAGAUAUCGAUGUUAUGGCGGAUUAUUUCUUCAAGCUUUAUGAGAGUUUGCAGACCGAGGUCCAGCAGGCAUUAGGGGUCGAGCUCAAUAAGGAGGAUCGCAUCCGUUAUGUGAUCUCUCUACCAGAUGAUUUCAUCCAAGAGGCCAAGAACGCAGUACACGAGGCAGGCAUUCGGGCAUUCGCUGUUGAUGGAGAGAAACAUAAUCUAGCUGUCAUCGCUGAGUCUGAAGCUGCUGCAGUAUACGCCACUCGGAAUAGUACGCAGGCGAGUAUUGGUGACAUGCUACUUGUUGUCAACUGCGGUGGAUCUCACACAGACUCGAAUGUCCUUAAAAUUGAACAAAUGAAUCCCUUCCCGAUUUUCAAUUGCAUUGAAAGAUGCAGCGACUCAUGUGGCUCCAUGACUGUCAACAAGAACUUGAGCAGCAUCGUCGAGGCGAAUACCAACCACCUCAAGGUUUUAAAAGGGCAGGGGGCACGUCUCAUCAGAAGAACGCACAGCCUCUGCAUGGAGGAUUUCGAAGGAAGAAUCAAAGCAGAGUUUAACAACAACCGCCGGCUAUGGGCAGCAGAUGUGGCCAUUGAGUUCGAUCUAGCUCAGGCUCAUCUCAAGGGGGGCUCUAUGGUGUUUACGAAUGAAGAAGUUCGACAAUGUUUUGAUCCGGUCGUCGAUCGUAUCUUGAGGCUGAUCACCAAUCAAAUCCAGGCUGCUGAUAUACAGAGUCGACGGAUUCGGAAUAUAUUUCUUCUUGGUGGAUUCAGCGCAUCAGAAUGGCUCAUCCAGCAAAUCAUACAGGGUGUCCCAGCCCAAUACCAGCCCAGGAUUGUGCGUUCUGCAGACACCAUUUCGGCUGUAAUGGAAGGUUCCAUUGAAAUCUGUUUGCGAGAUCUGGGGACGGAGCCCUUCGAUGCCCGUCAUUUGUAAUGUAUACGCACUUCUGUAAGGUUGGACCAAUGGAACGUGGAUUUCCUAGGUUCAAAUAUCACCUAGGACUACAGGUGGAUAUAACUGUCUCUGGUAACCUUAUAAAUAGAGCUAUGGAGUUAAUACACCGAGGCCCCAAUUACUUCAGAGUACAAAAGGAC